AUGGCGCACGGCGCGGAAGACUGCGCGACCGUCCUGGAGCACUUUGUACACGAUGCAGCAAAUCUGCCAGCUGAGAUCAAUCACUUGAUGGAGGAGAUUCAAGCCAAAGACAAGAUCAUGCAGGAAUGCCGGGCCACUAUCAACUCUCGCGACGGAAGCAUACAAAAGUUCAUCAAACUCAACGGUAGCCUGGCGCCCAACCCAAAAGAAGAGCAAUACAGCAAAUCCGUCCUCCAGAACAUCGACCGCAGCCAGCAGAUUCAAGAAGAGAAGAUCCAACUCAGCGACAAAGCCUGUAUCCUUCUUGAUCGCCAAAUCAAGCGACUGGAUGUGCGCAUCCGCGACCUAGUCAGAGAGGGUCUACUCACAAAUGACCCUCCUCUACCCUCCCUGUUUGAUAACAAGAAUAACUACCGCGAUCCACCCCGUAUCUUCUUGCCGGACGCCAACCCCUCAGAACCAUCUUCCUACUCCACCCCUCUCAACCCGACGUCUGGAAACACAAAUCCCAUCCUGGCUGCCGCACAGCGUCUAAACCAGUCCACCACUCCCCGCCCUGUCCCCUCACUCGUCGUGCAAGCUGCCGCCCGAAACUCUGCACCUGCAACCCCAGCUGGAACUACAGGGGUGCACCUCCAACAACGCCAGCGCGAGUCCUCCGCUGGUGCAGUGGACAGUAAACGCCGACGUUUGAAUCCCUCUCUAAACACCCUCCCGGUCGCCUCAUCAAACCUCCGCCAAACUUCUAUGGGCCCUGGGACGCCUAAGGCCGGGACACCGACCGCCAGCCGUGCAGGAAGUGCAGGCCCACGCGCGAGCGGGGCGAUCAAAAAGCCCCUUACGAAGAAAAUUGCGCCUCACCAGCAAGUAAAGAAGAUCAAGUCUUCCAGCAAACCGAGUAAACGAUCUUCAAGCGCUAGCCACCGGGUGAAAUUGUCCAAGAAGUCGCCCAAUGGGGAAGGCGAUGAAGAUGAUGACUCGAUGCUUAGCAGUGCCGACAUGUCGGACUCUGAUAAGAGCGAUACGGGUGGAGGUGAAGAUGACAUGGAUGAUGAGGAGGAAGAGGAGGAGGGAAACGAGGAUAGCAAGGUUUAUUGCACUUGUCGCACUGUCAGCCAUGGAGAUAUGGUGGCAUGCGAUAAUGACAGCUGCCCGUAUGAAUGGUUCCAUUGGAAGUGUGUUGGUUUAACGAGGGAGCCUGUGGGGACAUGGUUCUGUGAUGAGUGCAGGAAGACCCUGGGCAAGUGA